AUGGAUUUACCUGUGGCUCACAUUGAAGAAGUACAAAAUGUCCUUAAUGCUAUGCAGAAAAUCUUAGAGUGUCCAAUCUGUCUGGAGUUAAUCAAAGAGCCUGUUUCCACAAAAUGUGAUCAUAUAUUUUGCAAAUUUUGUAUGCUGAAACUUUUGAACCAGAAGAAAGGGCCCUCACAGUGUCCCUUGUGUAAGAAUAAUAUAACCAAAAGAAGCCUACAAGAAAGUACAAGAUUUAGUCAACUUGUUGAAGAGCUAUUGAAAAUCAUUCAGGCUUUUGAACUUGACACAGGAUUACAGUUUGCAAACAGUUACAGUUUUUCCAAAAAGGAAAAUAACUCUCCUGAACAUGUAAAGGAGGAAGUUUCUAUCAUCCAAAGUAUGGGCUACCGAAACCGUUCCAAAAGACUUCGGCAAAGUGAUCCUGAAAAUCCUACCUUGCAGGAAACCAAUCUUAGUGUCCAGCUAUCUAACUUUGGAAUUGUGACAUCUCUGAGGACAAAGCAACAGACACAAGUUCAAAAUAAGUCCGUCUACAUUGAAUUGGGAUCUGACUCUUCUGAAGAUACAGUUAAUAAAGCAAGUUAUUACAGUGUGGUAGACCAAGAAUCGUUACAAAUUGCCCCUCAAGGAGCCAGGGCCGAAGCCAGUUUGGAUCCUACGAGAAAGGCUGCUUGUGAGUUUUCUGAGAAGGACCUAACAAACGUUGAAUAUCAUCAAUCCAGUAAUAAAGAUUUGAAUACCAUUAAGAAGCAUGCAACUGAGAGACAUCCAGAAAAGUAUCAGGGUGAAGUAGCAUCUGAGUAUGAGAAUGAAUCAAACCUCUCUGAAGUCGGAUCAGGACUGUCCUCCCAGAGUGAUAUUCUAACCACUCAGCAGAGGGAUACCAUGCAAGAUAAUCUGAUAAAGCUCCAGCAGGAAAUGGCUGAACUGGAGGCUGUAUUAGACGAGCAUGGGAGCCAGCCUUCUGACAGCCCCCCUUGCCUCAUUGUAGGCUCUCAUGCCCCCGAGGACCUGCUGAAUCCAGAACACAACACAUCAGAAAAAGGAUCCAUACUAACUUCAGAGAAAAGUAACGAGCAUCCUGUAAGUGGGAAUCCAGAAAGCCUUUCUGCUGACAAGUUCCAAGUAUCUCCAGAUAGUUACACCAGUAAAAAUAAAGAACCAGGAAUGGCAAGGUCUUCUCCUUCUAAAUUCCAGUUGUUAGAUAAUAGGCAGGAUAUGCACAGCCACUCAGGGAAUCUUCAGAAUGGAAACUGCCUGUCUCAGGAGGAGUUCAUGGUGGAUGUGGAGGAGCACCAACUGGAAAAGUCUGAGGUCCAUAAUUUAAUGGAGCAGGCUUAUUUGCCAAGGCAAGAUCUAGAGGGAACCCCUUGCCUAGAAUCUGGAGUCAGCCUCUUCUCUGAUGACCCUGAAUCUGAUCCCUCUGAAGACAAAGCCCCACAUCCAGUUCUUGAUUGCAGUAUGCCACCUUCCUCCUGUGCAUUGAAUUUACCCCACUUUCAAGAUGCAGAAUCUGCCAACAGUUCAGCUGAUGCUCAUACUACUAAUACUGCUAGGAACAACGUGAGUGAAGAAAGUGUGAGCAGGGAGAAGCCAGGAGUAAUAUCUUCAACUGAAGGGGUCAACAGAAGAAUAUCCAUGGUGGCAUCAGGCUUGACUCCAAAAGAAUUUAUGCUUGUGCACAAGUUUGCCAGAAAACACCAGUGCACUUUAACUAAUCAAAUUACUGAGGAGACUACUCAUGUUAUCAUGAAAACAGACACUGAGUUUGUAUGUGAACGGACGCUGAAAUAUUUUCUGGGAAUUGCAGGAGGGAAAUGGGUAGUUAGCUAUUUCUGGGUGACCCAGUCUAUUAAGGAAAGAAAGAUGCUGGAUGAGUGUGAUUUUGAAGUCAGAGGAGAUGUUGUCAAUGGAAGAAACCACCAAGGUCCAAAGCGAGCAAGAGAAUUCCAGGACAGAAAGAUCUUCAGUGGCCUAGAAAUCUGUUGCUAUGGGCCCUUUACCAAGAUGCCUACAGAUCAAUUGGAGUGGAUGUUACAGCUGUGUGGGGCUUCUGUCGUGGAGGAGCCUUCAGCAUUCACCCUUGGCACGGGUGCUCAGCCAAUUGUGGUUGUGCAGCCGGACGCCUGGACAGAGGACAGUGGCUUUCAUGCAAUUGGGCAGCUGUGUGAAGCACCUGUUGUGACCCGAGAGUGGGUGUUGGACAGCGUAGCCCUCUACCAAUGCCAGGAGCUGGACACCUACCUGAUACCCCAAAUCCCCCAUAGCCACUAUAUUGAUUCUAGCCCACCCCGAGUGUAGAGACUUUCUUAACAGGACCCCAAGAAAAGGCUGAAGGGAAUGGCUUUUCCAGGCUCUGGGAGCUCCUCUCACUGUUUAGUGCUUCCACAGUCC